UCAUUCCGCCCGAAUAAUUUCGAAUAGUAUAAUUUCAUUACGACUUGUUAACUGGAUCUUGAUGGCAUCGCGAAUAACGAUAGAAUCCAUUGAUUUGAUCUUGUAGAUUAAAUUUAGGAAUGACCCAUUUUCUUAUCACUGGAAACUGAUAUAAUGGUGGUAUAUAUUGAUCGUUGAGUACAAUCAUUCGUCAGAUACUUUCAAAAUGUUAUUCCAGUAUUUGAUUGUUGCAUUUUUAGUUGCCAAAGGUUUCGCCACCAAAUCACGUAUCACGAAUGGCGUUACGGCACUCCCCCACAAAUACCCUUACCAGGUAUCUGUCCAAUGGGGAUUCCCUCCUCUCAUUAGAUAUCGCCAUAUGUGUGGUGGCUCCAUCAUCGACCCCAGCUGGAUUUUGACCGCCGGUCACUGCAUCACCGAAAUCCCCAAGAUCGGAAGCCUCCAGGUGGUGGCUGGUAAACACGACCUCACAAAUAUUGAACCCGGACAGCAGGAGCGACUGGUCGACCGGAGGGUGGUCUACGAGAGCUAUCCAGGAGGUGCGAGUCAGCACGACAUUGGCCUUUUGAAAUUGAAAUCUCCUUUUAAUUAUACCGAUCACAUCCAACCGAUCGGCCUUCCGAAGUCUGGGAAGCAGCACACCGGCGAUGUGAUUAUCUCCGGAUGGGGUUCCAUCUCCACUAAUAUGACCCCUGAGUAUCCAUCGAAACUUCAGGCAGUUGAAGUCUCCGUUCUCGAUUUGGACACCUGCUUGGCAACCUUUCAAUUAGUUUUCCCUGAGACACAAAUUUUUGACACCCAAAUCUGCACUGGACCAGUAGGUGGUGACAGAAGUCCCUGCUCUGGAGACUCCGGUGGUGCACUCAUGCAGUUCGAUGUGGAUGGCAAGGCGGAACAAGUUGGCAUCGUCUCCUGGGGUGCAGCCCCGUGUGGUAAUGGUGCCCCAUCUGUCUUCACUCGUGUCUCAUCUUAUGUCGAUUGGAUUGCAGCCACACUCGAUGGAUCACGUUAAAUUAUUUCAAUAAUUUAUCGCCUUGAGGAAUAAAUUAAUGAAUAAUUAUUGAGAGUACGAUGUGACAUCCUGCCUGAUUACUACUAUUGACAACAUUUUUCAGAAAGAAUUGAAAUUUAAAACCUGAUAUAUCUGGUCCAGGCAGAUAUUUUUCUCAAUAAAAAAUUACAAAAGUAACUAUUAAAUUAA